AUGCUAGCCAGCUGGAUCUUUCUCUUCCUUACAAUUAGUCCUUUUUCUGCAAUUAAUUAUUCUGAAGAGAAGCUUACUGAACAUCGAACGGCAAUAAAUGAAAGAAUAAACCAGCUUAUUGAAAAUUAUAAUAAAGCAAUAAAUGCAGGGGAUCAUGUAAAGGUUAACCAAAUUCGGGAGGAGAAAAUAAAGUUUAUUAUUGGAAGAUUAAAUGAUUUUACUAAGCUAAAAACAGUUGUUGAUUACAACUCAUUUUUACUACAAUAUGGCCUUAGUAGGGAAAUGGUCAAUGAAAAUUUCUUUAUGGGAUUUAGGUGA